AAUAGAGUCAAAGCAGGGGGCGUGGCGGGAGGUUUGAAACUCGGCGUCGGGAGUUGAGGCUCGAGCUGCUGUGCACCCAAAAGAGGAAUCGGGGCCUGAGGCCUCUGGCCCAGCGGCCGGAAGGUUCCUCGGCCGGGAACCGGGAAGAGCGGGUGGUCUGCAGUCAGAGGUCAGACGUGGUCGCGGUAAUGGCUGAGACCUGAGUCAUUUCUCACAGGCGUCCCCUCCUCGCCCCGGGCCGGGCCCUGCCCCACCUUAUUCCUCCUGGUUGAGAUGGGCUCAGCCAAGAGUGCCCCAGUCACUCCCGCGCGGCCUCCGCCGCACAACAAGCUUCUGGCCCGAGUGGCGGACCCCCGUUCACCUAGUGCCGGCAUCCUACGCACUCCCAUCCAGCCUUUGGUUCUGCCAGGUGGAGAGCUCUCCACAGCCAAACCUACCAGCAGGGGAGCAGCUGGAGGGUCCGAAUCAGGCCCAAGACUCUGAUCCCCGCUCUCCUACCCUUGGCAUUGCACGGACACCUAUGAAGACCAGCAGCGGAGAGCCCCCAAGCCCACUGAUGAAACAGCUGAGUGAAGUCUUUGAGACCGAAGCCCCCAAAUCGAAUCUGCCCCCAGAGCCUCUUCUGCCCUCAGAGGCAACUUCAUCUUCUGAAUUGGACUUGCCUCUGGGCACCCAGUUUUCCCUUGAGGACCAGGUGCCACCCUGGAGCCAGACUGAGCUCCCCUCCAAGCAGGUGUUCUCCAAGGAGGAAGCAGGACAACCCUCAGAAACCCCCAUGACUGGCCAGAGCUCCGACAAGCCCUUGAGAGACCCUGAGACUCCCCGAUCUUCAGGUUCUAAGCACAAUAGACGGAAAGCAAAUGGCAAGGUACUAGGGAGAUCUCCCCUCACCAUCCUACAGGAUGACAACUCCCCUGGAAAUCUGACACCACGACAGGGUAAGCGGCCUUCUCCCCUGAGUGAAAAUGCUAGGGAGCUAAAGGAAGGGACCAUUCUGGGAACUGGACGACUUCUGAAAACUGGAGGCCGAGUGUGGGAGCAGGGCCAGGACCAGGACAAGGAAAAUCAGCAUUUUCCAAACUUGGUGGAGAACUAGGCCAAGCGUGACCCCAGCGCUGGCUUCACCCACCGGGGGCCUAGUGAUGUUGCGUCCCCUCAAUCCCAUCUUUCCCUGGGAGACUGGAAAGGCUCAUUGUCUUCAACCCCCCACUAUACUCCAGCUCGGGGACUGAGCGCUUUCUUGGGCUUUCUUUGUGUCUCAUGUGUUUCUUGUAUAUUAAAGGAAGUGGUUUUAAA